AUGGGGCGUGAUCAUCAUUUUAUUUGUGCCCAAAGAUUCAGUUUUGUUAGCAUUUCUCUUUUCUUUCUGAUGGUUUCAAGUUGGACCCAGCUGGGAUUUGGGACUGAAGGUAGAAAGACUCCUAAGCAGACUGGUUUUUAUCAGACAGUACAUGAUGAUAAGGCGAUGGUGAGGGCACAGAUAGGUUCAAGGCCACCAAGAUGUGAAAGAAGGUGCAGGUCUUGUGGACACUGUGAGGCUAUUCAGGUACCAACAAAUCCCCAAGUGCAGGAAGGAAAGAUCAACCCUUCAACGGUGUCUAAUAUUGCUUAUGCUGGGGGAGAAGGUAGUUCCAACUACAAGCCAAUGAGUUGGAAGUGCAAAUGUGGGAACCUUAUUUUCAACCCAUGA